AUGGGGACGCCAGUGUUACCCCCGAAACCGUGCGCAGCGGCUGGCGGGCCGAGGGCUGAGGUGCCGCUGCCGCGCAAGGCGCAUUUGCUGUCGACUGCAGAGCUGCAGGAGCUGUUGAAGGCGCAGGACAAGUUGCAGCUGUACGUGGCGGGGUUGUGCGAGAGCGAGGAGACGCAGAAGCGGGUGGAGCAGCAACGAAAACAGCUGGCUGAAAUACGGGAGACGUUUGCGGGGCUGGAAGGGGAGCGACAGCGCGUGCAGGAGCGGCUGGACGGGUAUCAGAGGCUAGUGUUCCGGUACCAUGAGGCGUGGCAGGCGGUAGACGGGGCGUGCCGGGCCCGUUACGACGACGGGGUUCUGCGGGCGCGGCUGCAGCAGGAAAUGCGCGCUGCGGAGGCGGAGUGCCGGGUGCUGCGGGCACAGCUGGGCGACGCGGAGGUGGACGCGUUUCUGACACAGUACCUGCGGCUGCGCACGGAGUACCACGUGCGGCGGGAGAAGCUCGAGACGUGGGAGGUGCAAGGCGCGCUGCGGCGGUAG